AUGUCAAAUUCCGAACUAAACUUGUCUGGGACGUUUCGUGUUGGUUCUUAUGUUCUUAUAAUAUAAUAUCUUUAUCUUUAUUAUAUUUACAGUAUACGAUUUAGUAAAUGUAGUUCUUUCAUGUAAAUUGUUUGUGAUUUCGUACUAAGUGCCAAAUUGAUGUCUCGUCGAAAUUGGUAUUAUGAAUCAGGGUGAUCAAAAUAUAAACAAAGAUAUGAUCGAUUGUGAUUUAAUCGACGUGGAAUCUUUGGAUUUUUCCGAUGAACAGACAUGGCUCAAUACUGCUCCAGAGGAUGCCGGUGUGGCCUUAGACAUAAUUGACUGGCAGCUGUCCUUCGACUGGCCGUUCACGGAGGAUGAUGACUAUCUUAAGACAGAAACGGAAUUAUACUCGGUGCUGGAUCAUUUACUCAAAAAUGACGUCGCAGCGCCGAACAAGCACAAGUUCGACUCGCGGACCUUCGUCAAACCCAAGAAGCGGGCCCAACGGCCCAGCAUACAGAGUAUCGUGGAGAGCCCGCCGACUCAAAACAAAUAUCUCACGUACAACAAGUACUCAGCGCCUCUCGGCCCGUUGAGCCCUAUAUUGAGGCUGAAGACCUUCAAUGUGGAGACUGAUACGGAUAACAGCAAUGCGAUUAAAGAGUACGCGAGUAAAAGGCGGAGUUUGGUUAGUGAAGAGGAGGCACAGUUGGAGGACGUAGACAUGACGCUCAUAUCAAAAGCGUCAGACCGUCUGUCUUCAGAUCAUCUGCCUUCCAAACCCAUCAACAUCGAUCUUUCACAGCCGGCGCACAAUCUUCACAAUACAUUUAAUAAGGGCCUCACGAACAUAAUGAACGAACGGGGAAGCCUCAACAUGUACCAAAGCGGCGAAUCUUUAAUGCGAAUGUCGCCUCCAAGUCUGGUGUCUUCCCUGAUGAUGGAGAGCUCUGGCAAUUUCAACCCUGAAUCCUUGGACUGUAGGAAGAGUUUGCCGUCGCACAGAGAUUCAGGAAUAGCACCAUCAGGCCGAGAAAGCAUAGACCCAAUGAUGACCAGCAUGACCCUCUCCAUAUUAGACGAAAAGGACAUGAGCACAAGCUUCCUCUCGCAGACCACCUACCCCGACAACGACAGCCUCAUGGACUCUUUACCCCCCAGCCUUGUCAGCUCCGUCAACUCCUCAUACAUCGUUUCCAACAUCUCCAAACAAGCUAGAGAAUCCACAGACUCCAAUAACAUCUUUAGUUCAGCAACCUUCACGCAUCUUGAACAAUCGGAGAAACUACUAUCAGCUCGCCCCCGCCACCAACCCUUCAACCACUUCCAGAAACGCGAAAACGAAUUCAGAAAAUCCGAAAGCUACACCAAAGCUAAAGAGGAGGCCUGUCAAAUCGACCCGAGUAAGAUACUAAUGGAAAACGGCGAUAAAAACACAACCAAAACUCCAAAUAAAUCUGAAAUGUCGGAAACCGUUACGCUGCAUUAUUCUAACUCUAAAUUCAGACGGGACGAAAAGGAAAAUGUGAAUUCUACGUUCGAGAAAGACGGAGCCUUUUUCAAGGAUAUGAACAUGCAACGAACUGGCGAUGCGAGUAAAAACAGUUUUAACGUUACGUUAGACAAACAGGAACUAAAUGAGAUCAUACAGGCGCGUCAGAAGCUUUCUUUAGCUAGGAAAGCUUUGCCUGAUGACAAACUACCUAAUCAAGCAGACACAGCAAUAAAAACUAUACAGCUUCCAAAUCAAACUAUCACAGUGCCUCGACACAGUAUGGAGAAUGCUUCAGAAUUAUUAUCAAGAAGAAGAAUAAAUAAUAGUUUUGAUAAAGAAGAGCCAGCGUCGAGAGAAACGCCUAAAAGAAACGCUACUUUCAAAAAGGUGUCGCCGCGAGCGGCCUCUAUGGACAGUACUCUGGUCUAUGCUGCAAAAAAAGAUGAGAGUGAAUUGAUUGAUAUCAAUUUGGCGACUACGAACCUUAUUGGGUCUAGCGAGAGGAUAACGCUUGAGGAAUGGGGCUCCCAACAGCGCGCCAUGGUGUGCUCCAGCGACAGCACGGACACCGGCACCUUCAGCUCGUCCAGUCCACCCGACAGCGUUCCCGACACUCAGCAUGAUCCAAGUUCAAUAUCAUCAACACCCCUCGUAGGCCUCCGUAAACCGAAAGACCUCCUAAACAUCCACACAACCAUAUCGCCCAUCUACGACAUGGUCGACGAUAAAUCAUACACCGUGACAAAACUGACCGGCAACUCUCCCAUGGAAAGAACUUACGACAAGUCAUACAACAUGAGCAAGGCUAGCGCGAAUUCGUCAAUGGAUAAGACAUAUGAUAUGCAUGCAACGGCGAUAAAUAGCGCUACUAUGGUUAAGAGGAGUUCGGCUAAAAGAGAUAUCUUGGCGGGGAAUGUUAGUCCUGAUAAGAAAAUGUUUGGGCCUAGCGUGCCAGUGAAAGCACAAAGUAUGGGUUCGUGCGUAAGUGCUAUGGCGCCUCCACAAGCGGUUCCAAGGAAAACCGGUCUUCCAACCUCCAAGUUGAGGCAGUACAGCUCACAUAAAGAACUCAGCAGGAUACCAGCAGGGUUGCCGGUGGCGGCGCGCUUGUUGCCGCGCUCCAACAUGAUCCGGCGCGGCGUGUACGCCUCCAACCCCGCGCUCAGCCCCACGCACCCCGCGCCUGUCGCCCCCGCGCACCCCGCACACGCCGCACACGCCGCACACCCCGCGCACCCGCCGCCCAUACGCAGGGAUUCCUAUACGCUCGAACUGGACGACGGAGCGAAAUUCGCGACGAAACCCGUCGCACCAAACCAACCGGCGCUGGUCCGCCAGGGCACCGAGACGCUGCGCAGGGAACGGCCGCAGAGCCAACUGGUGGCGCCUAAAGAUCUGCGCGCGAGCGGCAUGGGCGUGCCCGUCGCAAUGCGAAACCAUCAUAUGCCGCAACCUACGACUCGGCCAUACUCGAUAGCGGGAGCGUCGCAACUCCGGGUGGGGAGGCCGGCCACUGUACCCGUACAGAAACCAGUGCCCGCCGCGCCGGUUUCCGAAGCUCGGCCGGCGUCGGCGCUGCCGCGGCCGUCGCGUCUGCCCGCGCCGAGGCGUGCGCUCAGACCUCCUUCAGUAUACUCCGUAGCGCCAACAGCGGACGUCGACCACUACUGACGACUCCCGUUAGGAACCUUCGAAACCUAGCGUCUAGACUAAACAAGUAAACACGACUGAUUGGAAACACGGUGUCUUUAAGAACUAAUUAGCGAUGAGAUGCUCUUAUUUUAUAUUCUUUUGUACUUUUUUUUUAACAAAUUUUAAAUUUUACACUAAUCAAAGGCUUUAGGGCUUCGGGCGUCAACCGCCUUGUUAACUUUCUAUUAAUAUAAUCGAUCGUAAUCAACCAUCGUUAUUACUAAAAGGAUAACUAUUUGCAGUGAUCGCUCAACAUCGGUCAUGUGUUUGUUUGCCACCACUUAUUAUAUACAAAUUCAUAGAAAACUUGUUUCGGUCAAAGGUUCGGUUUUGGCCAAAAAACUUCCAAACUGUAUUUUCGGUAGUGUCCAGCCGAAGUUUCAAUAUCGGUUUUGGCAUAAAAAUCAUGUUUCGGCGGAAGAUUCCGUUUCGAGCAAAACUCGGCAAAAACUCCGGAAACUUCAGUUUCGGCAAAACAUCCGGUUCCGACAAUGCAUAACUGUUUUAACAAAAGAUAAUGAUUUAUAGAAAGAGACGACAAGCACAGUGCGACAUAAAAUAGUAGAAAUUAAAUAAAAUGGAACUAAAAAAAAUUCCAUCAUUCAUCAGUUUAAUCAUUUUACGUCAAAAAUGUGACAGUUACGUAGGAAGUGCCGCCCUCAAUAAUUUUCUACAAUUUCUUGUCGGACUAUAUUUGAGGUUUUAUCAAUUCCAAAAUGACUUGAUUCGUAUUGAACACUUGAAGGUCCCCAAGUGCUAUUAAAGGUAACCAUGACUUUUUUUAAAUAUUGAUGUUAUGGAAUUGGACUAUCAAUUCGCAAUAGAUCUUAAGUCGGCGUGCUAAGGCUUAGUUUCACACUAACUGUGAUUUACUUCAUAAUCAUGUCCACAUAGGAAUUAAACAUUUUUAUUACUAAAGUUUGUGCAGUAUUUGAUCUUGUUGGUGCAAUAUAAUGUAGGUAACAGAGACCCGUUUUUGUGUAAUAGUUUUGCUACGUUGAGACAAUAAUAAUAUUUUAAAUAAAAUAUUUUAUAAAUCAUUUUGCCUAUCGAGUAUAAAUUGUGGACUGACUAAUACAUCUCAUUAGUUAAAAUUUAAAUUCAUUAAAAACGGCAUUUGAAAGUUUUUUCACUAAAAUUUUUGUAAUGCCUUUAAAUUAAAUUAAAUUGAAUUAAAUUGGGAUUAGGAAACAUCUUUUCUUCUAAUGAAAAGCUUUGCAUUUCCAAGUCCUCACAAUUGCUCUCUUUACUCGUUCUCUCAGACGGUAGAGCUCAAAAUUUCAAUAUUCUUUCCAUAAAUGUUUGGUACAAAGACAUACAAAUUAAGUUAUUAUAAUUCUUACAUUAUUUACAAACUUAGUAUAUAGUAUAAUACUGCGUUAGUAAUUUAUUUGUGAGUAAGGUAUUGCAUUUUGUUGAGAGAUUGUAAACAUUUUAGACAUAUUUGUUUAAACGUGUUUUGCUUUAGAUGUAAAAUUUUGUAAUAAUGUUUUAUACUGAUGCUAACUUUGUAAAAAUAGUUGAAAUAUCAAAUAAAAAUAUUAUAACAUAUAUCGCACAAAAAUGGUAACACGAAUUUUAGUGUAACAUUUUUGAACAUGAUUAGUUGUGCAAAAUAUAUAUUUAAAAAAAAACGUUUUACACGCGCACAUUGUAAAAAUAUUUUUUAAAGUUUCUUGUGUACAUUAUGUAAAGUUUUAUCUAAAAGUAUGUACUAUGGAUUAAUUUCAAUCAUUCUUACACUGAAAAUAUUUCACAUAUCCAUAUUAUUACUUAAAUAUUUUACUAAUAACUUUGCCAUAUAACAAAGCUUCCUAUGUAUCCUAAGACUAUUUAUUCUAAUAUAAUACCUACCUAUUUAGACACUACUGAUAUUUAUUACAUCGAUUGCUCCUGCCAUUUUCAAACUAAAAUAAAUAAAAAAUAUUUUGAGCUGGAACUCCUUUAAAUGGCGGCAGUUAUUUUUGGCUUUCAUGUUUCUGUGGCGUGCAAGUUACAAUUUUGUACGUAAAAAACUGGCAACACCGUCCAGAAAAUGUUCAUAUUUAUGUAACUAUUUCAAAUAUUUCUGUCCUUACUGUCAUUAUACUGUCCUAUCUUUGCUUGUUGUAAUAUAUAUUGUUUAUUUGACCAGUAGCUUUGUGGGCUAAGGUGUUAAAAGUUAUUACGAAGUUGUGACUUGUAGCCUAAACAUUAUAUUGCUAUGUAGAUAAUCCAGGGUUGUUUAUGUAUUUUAUAUGAACAAAUUUGAAUCGCUGUAAAUCCAAUGUUUUUCUGUUCGCGCAUCGGUUGCGCUUUGCUUGCGGUUGGUUUCGACACGUCGUGCCUUAUUUAGGUAGUGUAAGGAAUUUUGUUUUCAUUUUCUAAUAAAACAGUAUGUAUUUA